AUGCUGUCAAAUCCAUUUUAUUCUGUGGAAGUUUUGUAUAAACUGUUGCUAAAGGAGAAUAUACUAAAUGGUACUUUAGAGAUUCGCCUUUACUGGGCUGGCAAAGGAACAACUGCAAUCCCAAAAAAAUCAAUUUAUGGACCUCUUAUAUCAGCCAUAUCUAUCUAUCGUGCUUCCCCAGAUCAUGGAAGUAGAAUAUCAGCAGCUGUUGUCGUUGGAAUUGUUGUUGCCGUGGCAAUUAUUAUUGUCUUGAUAUUUGCCAUAUUUUGGUGGAAAGGCUGUUUAGGAAAGAAAAAUUCUUCUACAAAAGAAUUAAAUAAUUUAGAGUUGCAAACCGGUAUAUUUUCUAUACGACAAAUAAAAACAGCAACAAAUAAUUUUGAUAUCGUCAACAAGAUUGGAGAAGGAGGAUUUGGUUCUGUGUAUAAGGGUGAGUUACCUAAUGGUACAAAAAUCGCAGUCAAGCAACUUUCUUCAAAAUCGAAACAAGGGAAUCGAGAGUUCUUAAAUGAAAUAGGCAUGAUUUCUGCUUUACAACAUUCAUGUCUGGUUAAACUCUAUGGAUGUUGUGUCGAGGGAGAUCAGUUAUUUUUGGUAUAUGAAUACAUGCAAAAUAAUAGCCUUGCUCAUGCUUUAUUUGGCCGUGAAGAAAACCAAAUAAAAUUGGAUUGGCAAACAAGACACAAAAUUUGUGUUGGUAUCGCUCGAGGAUUAACAUACCUCCAUGAAGAGUCAAGAGUGAAAGUGGUUCAUAGGGAUAUCAAAGCAACUAAUAUCUUACUUGACAAAGAUCUCAACCCUAAAAUAUCAGAUUUUGGUUUGGCUAAACUUGAUGAAGAGGACAAUACCCAUAUUAGCACUCGAAUAGCUGGAACAUUUGGAUAUAUGGCUCCAGAAUAUGCUAUGUAUGGUCAGUUAACCGAUAAAGCAGACGUAUAUAGUUUUGGAAUUGUUGCAUUAGAAAUCGUGAGCGGAAGAAAUAAUACAACCAAUCGACAAAAUGAAGGGGCAUUCGUUUUACUUGAUUGGGCACGUUUGCUGAGAGAGAAAGGUGAUAUAAUGGAAAUAGUUGACAGAAGAUUAUUGGAUUCAAACUUGAAGAAAGAGGAAGUGAUGGUAAUGAUCAAUGUUGCUUUCUUAUGCACUAAUGUGUCUCCAACACUUAGGCCUACUAUGUCUUCAGUGGUAAACAUGCUUGAAGGCAAAAGCAUUGUUCCAAAACUAGUUUCAGAGUCAUUAAAUGAGAAGAAAUUAGAAGCAUUAACAAUGUAUUAUAACCAAGAUGACCAAAGUACCACAACAAUAAUGGAGAUGCCUUUGACUGCUUCAUCUACUUCUACAGCACAAGAUUUGUAUGCAAUUCACCUAGACUCUUCUUACUUUGAGAGUAGAAAUUAGAAUAUAAGUUACAUAAACUAUAUAUACAUCUAUCCCAAAAUCCUAACUGA